AAGAAAGAUGAAACAACUUCUCCAUCAGCGCCAACUACAUCUCCACCGCCAAAGGAAUCGCCUGCCGAGCCACCACCAGGAGUUGAGCCAACUCCCACAGGUUCUGCUACAAGUGCCAGAGGACCUGCUCCAGACAAGAAAGGUACUGCAGAAGAAGCUCCUAAAAGCGGCGCCCAAGCUGUAGAUGCUAAAGGACCUGCCCCAGAUACGAAAGAGAAGAAAAAACCGUCCAAAGAAAAAGCGGAAGCACCCCAAAAAGAGAAGGAGGAGGCUCCUCCUAAAAAAGCAGAACCAGAAAAAAAGAAAACCUCCAAAGAAAAAGUGGAAGCACCGAAAAAAGAGAAGAAAGAAGAACCUUCUGCAGAAGCUAAAAAAUCUGAAAACAAAAAAUCAGCAGAGCCAGGAACUGGUACUGAUAAGAAAAGUGCUGCUAGUGAGGAGAAAAAAGGUUCCAAGGAAAAGGUACAGGCUGCGAGGAAGUCGUCGAGUUCCGAGUUGAAGAAAGCUUCACCGAAGAAAGCAGUAGCGCCAAAAGCAGAAAAGAAGCCUAAGAAGUCAAAUCAAUGA